GGUUAGAGUUAAGGGCUGAAGAAGUGAAGAAACACAGUUUGAGGGUUGUUUUGCCUUCACAGGGAAAGGGCAAAACAAAGGAAAAAAUUUUCCAAUUGCUUUGCUUCAUUUUGCUUGUUCUCAUAACCAUGGCAUCGUUUGGAUCCCUCAAAUCCACCAUUUUCGACAAAGAAGAGAGAAAGCAGCAGUAUCAGUGGCAUAUUCGAGGCCUCAAUGCAUACGACCGUCACAAAAAAUUCAUCAAUGAUUACGUUAAUUUUUAUGGAAAAGAACGACCUUCAAACUUGAAGUUGCCUAUUAAAACAGAUCAAGAUACACUGAGAGAAGGAUACAGAUUCAUUCGGUCAGAGGAAGAUGAUAUGAAUCCAUCGUGGGAACAAAGGCUAGUCAAGCGUUAUUAUGACAAGCUUUUUAAGGAAUACUGCCUAGCUGACAUGUCACAGUACAAAAGUGGUAAGAUUGGCCUCAGGUGGAGGACAGAGAAGGAAGUCAUGUCUGGCAAAGGCCAGUUCAUAUGCGGUAACAAGCAUUGCAAUGAGAAAGAUGGUUUAACAAGCUACGAGGUGAACUUUUGUUACUUUGAAGCUGGAGAAAACAAACAAGCCCUAGUUAAGUUGGUAACUUGUGAGCGAUGCGCAAGCAAACUCAACUAUAAGAGGCAGAAAGAAAAGGAGCAGUUAGAAAAAAGGCAACAAGAUCAAGAUAGGCGAAAGAGGAAUCGUUCAAAGAGUGAUGAUGAUCUAGAUGAUUACCAAGAAAGCAACGAGAGAAAGAGAAAAGGUUUGAACUUACACUACCUUUAUUAAUGUUGAAGAAUCGACUUGUUGGAUAAUUUAUCAUUUGUAUGAGAAAGAUUAGAGAGUUUUCCCACAUGUAUAGCAGAGUCCAGUUCCUUCAGAGUGUACAGCAUUCUCGAUUGGGGCCUUCACUUCUGUGGCCCUAACACAUUCCAUUCCUGUUGAUUCAUCUAAGCAUAACCAAAUAUGUAAUGCACCAAUUGUUGUGCUUGAUACUCUAAUUCAUUUAACGAAGACUGACAAUGCCUUUCAUAUCUUUUAGUAGGAUUGUUUGGUUUUGUAAUGAUUAAUUUUCUAUCCUAUUUUCUUAAGAUGCAAUUGAAUUGUACUUGAAAGGAAAACAUUAGAGGGGAUUUGCCAAGCUUUCAAAAUGUAUGUGGAUAUGAGGUUAUUAUUGUAUUGUAGCUUCUACUCUUAGAGUAUUUGCCUAAUCUUUGGUCAUUAUCUUUUUAGCCUCUUUCUCAAAGCUUGUCCACUUGUUAUAAUUAAUCUUGUUGUAAAUUAAGACAUGUCUAAUGUCUAAUGAGCAGCUUGGUUGGAAAACUGUUUAAAAGCAUUUUUCUGGAAAUGAAAAACAUUGGGGCUAGUUUCUGAUCACUAUAAUGACAUGACACCUUGUUCUAAUAGGGUAAAAAUUUGACUGGUAGCAAUUGGUCAAAUUAAAACAUACAUCUUUUCUCUGAUUUGAAUGGUGAUUCUAGGGAAAUGUGAUUCAUCUGUGUUAAAGCAUGAUGAAUGAAAAGCUCAUUGUCUGCUUGACUUGCUUCUCUAUUGCUCCAUCCAAAUGUUUGCAAAACCUUUAUAUGCUUCAGAAAUCUUGUCCUUAAAUUUAAUUGU